AUGGAGGAUGUCGAAAAUAAAAAUUACUUGUUGAAAGAAGCAAGUAGCCAAUUCGGACAGGCCGUGGAAAAAACAUUGUUUCGUCCACAAAAUAUUUUUCAUUUGGCUUCGAAGUCUGGCAAGCUAACUUUAGAGCAUUUUAAAACGUGGUUGAAGGAUGUCCUCUACCCUAACAUUGGUCAACAAAGCGUUCUUCUGCUUGACUCCUGGAGCGGACACUGCAACGAUACAAUUGAAAAAACGAAACCUGCCGACAAAAACAUUGUGGCAAUGAUGAUACCAAAGGGAACUACUGGUCGAAUCCAACCUUUAGAUGUCUAUGGUUUUCGAGUAUGGAAGAAUUUUGUGAGGCAUUUUUCUGAUAUUGUCCUUUUACAUAAUUAUGACGUUAACCUUCAUUUACGGAAUGAUAUCAUAAAAUUGCAAUCACUUCGGCAAUGA